GUCAGACUUAAUAUUCUAAAUUCAUACAUUGUGGCAUGACAAACCAUCUCGCUAGUCCUUGUGAACCAUGGAACGGCGACGCCCAGGCAACAGGUACAACCGGGUCCAAUCAGGUCAAUAACAGCUGUGGAAUGCAUGUCGAAUUCUCUCAUGCCGGUGGCUUGUAGUCCAGUCUAGACUACAUUCAUUGCAUUGCUUUUCAUGGAUUUGACUGUGGGGGAAACAACAGCUCCAGCUACAGCUCCAGAAGCAUCCACAUCUGCACAGCCUCGGAUGUCACAAUUCCCAGAGAAACUGGGAAGCCAAGAGGAACGUCAGCUCCGAUAAAGUUGUCAAAGUCGCACAAUCGAACCAUCCCUCCUUCACCUGGGGUGGUUAUUCCAGGUUAUGUACAGUGAACUUGAACUCGGUGUCAAACAUAUCUGAAACAUGAAUGCCAGCUGUGUUGACGAUGAUGAACCGGAAAAUACUGAUAGAUCUGUACACUAUAGGUCGGAUUAUUCACCGACUUGCUGGGAUAGACCCACCACUUGUCCUUGCUCGACGCGUAUGUACUACCGGGGCAAUGGCACUGACAACCGAGACAAUAACAUGGAUUUCUGAAUCAAAUGAUAGCAGUACAGAUUGAAUUAAAUUAAACUGCACACAUCUCCAGUAUUACGGUCACUAAUAGUAAUAGUACCCUCAUCUCACACAGCGACAAGAAACAGAAAGCCUACCAAUGCGCGGGGGAGUCGAGAUGGCCGGACG